CUUGAGUCGCGUCCCAUCGGGAAGUCUCGUUCAAAUAUUUUCUGCACUUUGUGGACUAUCGCAAAUUUUUUUGGAUUCCCCCCACAUCACACGCUAUCGAUUGAACAUUUAAGUGAAACUUGUACCAACUUGAUUUGUAGUAACUAGUGACUUUGUAAAUUAAUCUUACUUUUACCUCUUUCAAGUGGGUCACCUGUGUUCUGGAUUACUCCACCGUGAAGGAUACCAUCUAAACCAAGUGAUCUAACCCUGACAAAAAUAACUAACUACCUGGAUCAGUUGUGUUCUGGAUUACUUUAGUGUGCAGGAUACAAUCUAAUCCAAGUGAUCUAACCAGGACAAGCUUUGUACAUAGUAGCUGGACGACCUUGACCUAGAAUGGACACAGAAGGACCCGUGUCAGUGCUGGACAGGCGCACCAAGGCCUCCAGUCGGGACAAGGUCAUCGCAGACCGCAUCACGCGCCAGCGGAGCCCCGGCCCCAGCUUCCGGCACCAGCGCGGCCGGCGGGUCCCGUCCCUCGACGGCAGCUUCAGCGAGGACGAGCAGCAUGACGUCAUCUACCGGAUCUCCCAGCCGUACCGCACCAGCUUCUCGGCCAAGCACUCGGUCACGUGGGGCAAGGCUGACCGCAGCCGCUCCCUCAGCCCCACCUCCAGCCUCAGGAGCGACGCCAGCUACGCCAGCGCGCCCCCCAUCUACUACUCCGGGGGAGACAAGAAGCGCCCCAGGGGUCGCUCCAAGAGCCCCAAGCGGGUGACGUACAACAACCGCGUGACGGUCCGGCACUCCGACACCGAGGACAGCAUGUUCACGGAGCUCUCCAGUCACGAGGACACGCCCCUGCGCCCCAUCGUCUCCCCCUUCAGCCGCGCCCUCAUCUCCCCCAGGUACAACGAAUUCAGCCAACUCUCCCCCGUCUCCCUCAACCAGUCCCGGGCCUCCCCGCCCGACCAGAGACCCAAGGUCCGAGACGUGACCAACGUCAGGUACCGGCCCGGGGAGACGGGCGAGCUGAGCACCGACUCGGGGCUGGACUACUCCACGGAGCUCAAAGACUUGUCCGACCAGAUCACCAGGAUGCAGUGGAGCCCCAGGCAGAACCGUGCCACCCACACCCGGCCCCCACAGAUACCCUACAUCAUCCACCAGCCCAACCUGUCGACACGUCCACCCCACGGGCCGCCCAAGUCAGGUAAAAUCUCACCCCCGGGGAUCCUCAAAGAUUCCCAGAAUUCCAGGUCGAGUUUGAGGGAAAACCCGUUUCCUGUUAUGGCCAAUGGAAGCAUCAAUGGAGGUGUGUAUCCCGUCAACCAGCCGCAUGGAACAAGUCCAACAUCAGCAUCCAAUGGUAGUUUGUCUAGAAUCAACAAGGGCAAGGAGAACGACCCUCGUGUCUCCCCAGAGAAGUCAGCCGUGACAGAUUUUAUCGCCAGGGACUACGAACACGAGCGGCCAUUCAACUACUCGGCUGCCCUAAAGGGUGACUACGGGGAGGACAUCAGCAAACUGGCCCAGGAGGUUUUACUGGACGUCCAGCAAACUGACCUGGCCAAUGAGAAGGGCUCUACAGAAAAUGGAGGAUUGAAUCUCUUAAACACAAGUGAUCCACAGUUGGCCAACAACGACCCAAUCAUCGUCAACAACAUUGGUCAGCAUGAUGUGCCGAGCUCAUCACCAGCAGACACAUCACAGGGUGAAACUAGCCCAGGAGUUAAGAAGCUUAAAAGAGGGCGUGGCAGUCCAGUAGAGAGUGGACGCUUGACCCCAUCCAAACGCUCCUACAGUCUGAGCAUCACCAACUUCCUGAAGCGCGUCUCACCCAACUUUGGCCGCAAGCGCUCCAAAGAGAGGGCCACCAAGACCAGGUCGGCUGAAGGCUCGGCCCAGAGCCUGAACAACACAACGUCAGACACGGACAGGGACAGCCCCACCAACACACUAUCCGACAAACCUAAAAAAUCUGGCAAGUUCUCACGGAGUCAAGUCAGGCAGUCGUUCAUGAAGCUUGUCGGCAGAUCAGGCUCCAAAUUUAAAAAGAAAAAAAACCAGCCUGAGGGUGAACCGAUCCCCACCCCCAGUCACUACACCAUUGAGCUCCAGGACCCCGAGCGGACCACAUCAUCGGAUGAAGUGGAUGAGAUCACCUCCAACGGAUUUGUUCUAAACGCUUCUGAAAACGGCAACGGCAAAUGCCACUUUGACCCCUCGACCCACCGCAUGAUGAAAUCCAUUGAACAAAACUCAACUGCUGACCAGGACAUCUACCGGCGCUUCAAGGACCGUCACACAUCCAAAGACAGCCCCACGUCAGGGGGAGACGACCACACACCCCUGGCCAAACCAGAGCCACUAAGACCAGACACGACAAACUCAUCCCACGAAACAUCACUUAACGAGUCCUUAGACGGUCCAAUGGAAUUCUUCACAGAGUCAGACAUCAGCGCCAUACUCCGACCUGAUUUAGACUCUUCCUACCUGAGAUCUGUUUACUUUAACACGCCUGAAAAAGUGGCCACGCCCCCACGGGCUGAGCCCCCUAGCACUCUGGACGUUAUACCUGUGCGGAGUAAGAAGCUGCUGCAGACAUCAAUGAUGAGCAGUAUCUCAGGGGAUGAGAGCAUAGGGGACUGUUCUCUGGACGCCAACCUCACAGCCAGUGAACCCUCCCUGUUGAGUGGGGUCAGCCAGUCCGCAGGCUCUAAACAAGUGGUCAUCCCAUCCUCCCUGGUCAACUCAGCUGAGGGCAAGCUUCCAGCCGAGUCCGAGGGCAUCAAGCUUAGAAGAUCUGCCCACAGAGAGGGGCAGUGCAAUAAAGAGAAUAAUGUGCCCUUGAAUUCUUCAAACUCCAGCUCUGACCCCCCCUCACCUGUUGACCCCAACCACAAGCCAUCUUACCUGAAGCUCAGCUGUGCGGUCAGUGGUUAUGGCAAAUACUGCAGGUACAGCACCUACAAGGAUGUAAAUAAAAGGUCGCCCUACUCCAGUCAAAGCUCGUUAAGAUCUGACGCUAGUUCAUCAGACCCCAACAUGCCAGUGGAACAAAAAUCAGAGAGCACCCCGGAGCAAACACCCAGGUCAGGGGUCAAUGGCCACACCCCCAAGUUUCCUGUGGGUGAUGCUGCCAAAGACGGAGAGUAUUUCCUCCAGCACACAAAGUUUGAAGAGGAGAGGAUACAAGGUCUGUGUACCAGGGCAGAGGCACACCUGAGGUCACAUGACCUGCCAGAGGAAGCCUGUGGUAGGAUACGUGCAGCAACUGGUAAAGCCAAUCUGUUGAUCAGCCAAAAGUUUGUCCAGUUCAGAGAUCUGUGUCAGAAUCACAUGAACCCUGACCCAGAAGAGAGAGAGACCAAAUGGGAAGACCUACAAGGAUUCUGGGAUAUGGUGAAGAUCCAGGUGGAUCAUGUGGAUGACAUGUUUGCAGAGAUAGAGCUGAUGAAAGAUAACGGAUGGCAGGAGAUCCCUAGACUGGCCUCAAGACGCAGCUCAGCCAGUUCCAGCCCCAAGUCUGGCAGCUUAUCCCAGGCCAGCACACCUUCAGCUACACCUGCACAUACUCCAGGUUCCAGACGUAAAAACCUCAAGCCCACCAGUGGGAAGGACACGCCCGACUCCUCCCCUGAGAGAACUCAGAAAGCUCGGCAAGCAGCUAAAGCAAGAGAUGAGGCCCGGAAAAAGUUGUUGGCCGAGCGCAGGGCGGCCAUGAAACAAGCCACGGCCACGCCCGUCAACAACGGAGAAACAGAGGUGGAGAUCUACCUGCCUGAGCCAGGCAAGAAGUGAUGACCUGCCGCAUGACAGGGCAGUUGGCCUGCGACCUCAGGCAGUCAGCCUGCGACCUCAGGCAGUCAGCCUGCGACCUCAGGCAGUCAGCCUGCGACCUUGAGCAGUUAGCUUACAACUGCAGAUGAGAAGAACUCAGCUUCCCAACACAAUUGUUGACCAGAACUUGUUGCUGGGACAAAUCCCACUUGGGAAGGCGUCUUAUUGCCAACAGUUGUUCCCAAAUACAUCAUUUCAUUGUUUACCAUUCACCUUACCUUCAUCCUCAUCAUCAAGUUUGUUACCACUUACAGCAGUGAAUGGAACAACACCCAUUUGAUUUAGUAGACCAUUUAUGUCUCUAUUUUCUGGGAUCCUAAAUCUAGAUCAUACAAGCCAUGCAUCAGGAAUACUAAACAUUGUUAGGUCAUAAUGGAGAAAAGUAGAAGCCCUUCCUUCUUCAGUGUGUGGAGGUCUAGUGAUAGAGGGAUGCCACUCUCGUGGAUUUUGUUUUAAAUUAUUUUUUCUACAAGUGGAUUAGCAAUGAGACUUUAAUGCCCUAUCUUUUUUUUUUAUGAUUGUUAUGUUCGUAUAUUUCCCCCCAUAGUUAAACAGAUAUGAAGUUUAGUAACUGAUCCUCUUAAACCCCGAAGUUGUACGGCUGAAUCUCCAGUACAAAUAAGUUAGUCAGCAGCAACUUUUAUCAAGCAGCUACAGCACCAGGCUAUGGUGGCAUUUGUGCAAUGUCACAAAUCAUCGAAUGACAACAUGUCAUCACUUAUGACAUCAGCUAACACAUCAUCUGAUCUAAUGACACAUCAGCUAACACAUCAUCUAAUGUAUUCAUGUAACACAUCAUCAAAUACAUCAUCUAACACAUCAUCUAAUGUAUUCAUGUAAUACAUCAUCUAACACAUCAUCUAAAAUAUUCAUGUAACACAUCAUCUAAUACAUCAGCUAAAACAUCAUCUAAUUAUAAUCAUCCAUCCAAUCAUCCAAUGACAUCAACUUCUUGUAACCUGAUCUGCUCUUAUCAACCUGAUGUAGUUGAUGUAGUGGCUGUCGCAUCAUGCAAAAAAUAUUUCUUGUCAUUUUUUUCUCUUGCUGUUGGAUGGUGAUCUAUAAAUCAGUCACUUGAAUGAAAUGGCACUUCACUCUAUCUGAGAUUUACUUUGCCUUAUUUCAACACAAUUAUUUGAUAAAAGUGCUUUCAAAUUCCUCUCUGGUUUAAGUGUUUGUGGUGAUAACAUAUGAGACUGUAGAACUAUGUGUGCUUGUAUCAGUGGGACUAUUAUAGGACUACGUGUAUGUUGCCUAAUGAUAGUGUCAGUCUGUAGUGUGCUCGUAUCUGUAGGAAUAUAAAACUAUGUGUAUGUUUCUUAAUGAUAGUGUCAGUAAUGUCACUGACAUUCAUCUGUUGGAUUACAUUUUAUUAUCUGUAACACAAAUAUGCAAGUUUUUAUUUCUAGAAUUUAGCAUUUUUUUUAGUUAUAUAUUUUUAGUUACGUAUUGAAUCAUGGCUGAAAUUUUUAUGGCUAUUUACAUGCUCCAAUAUAUUGGCUAUUUUUAAACUGUUACAUUUUUAAAACUUUAUUUUUAUGAUGAGGCCAUCAUAUUUUAAACUGUUACAUUUUUAAAACUUUAUUUUUAUGAUGAAGCCAUCAUAUUUUAAACUAAAACACUGAGCAUUGGGUUUGGUACUGGGCAAGGCUAUUUUUAAAUGUUUGUGAUGAUAUGAUAGUCAUAAUGUGGGGAGAUAACUUUACACAGCUGCUUUUUUUUUUUUCAAGUUUUUUAUUUCUGUGUUUGGAGAGAAAUUUAUUCAUGGUAAAACAUCUACACAUUUUUAUCAGCUCUGUAUAAUUAAGACAUUUUGUUUGAAUAUUUACAAUCAGUUUAAUUUUACUCUGAGCUAAUGAACAUUUGUCAUUAAUUAAAUAUGUAAUUAACUACUUUCUUACCACCUGUUGAGUUAGUUUCCCUUUGUCUUUAGAAAAUUGAUGUUCACUAUGAGAACAUUUUAGAGAUUGCUUUUUCCAUUUAUUUUUUAAACCUAGUCAUGUCUGAUUCUAUAGUUCUUGUCUACACAAACUAUACCUCCAUCAAUUUUAGCUUGCAGGAUAAAAACAUUUAUUUUCUCUUCCUAAGUUUUUGAUAUAAACUACAUUUUAAACAUAUAGAGAUAUCCUAACCUUCUUGGCUAAAAUAAAUUUGUUUCUUGGAGACAGUGCAAUUCAUCCUUACAUUAUCUUGCCAUUACAGGAAUGCAUGAAAGGUUUUUGGUUGUCAUACUUGCAUGAGAAGUGUAUGAUUUCAAAGUUUUUUUUAAUGUAUGACAAGUUAUUUAUAUGAUAUCUGGGAAACAAUCUAGAAAAUAUGUCGACUGUACUUUUAUGACUUUGUUUUAAUGUGAAUAAUAUGUACAAUUUGUAUAAAGUUUUUUUGCCAUUUAAAGCAUUUUUACAUUAUAUACUACUUUCAUAGGGGACAUUAUUUAGUAAUAUUACUAUGUAGAUUGUUAUAAGGUUUCUGAUUGAAUUGUACCCAAUUUUCUGUUUCUCCCAUAUGCAACGGUCAAUGAUUUUCUCAUAAGGAUGUAGAUGUCUUUGUGAAUUCGUCUAACUUACUAAACAAUUUAGGUCUUUGAAGCAAAUGAAAAAUUCUCCAUUUUUUCAAGAGUUCAGCACUAUUCAACAUUUUUUUCACAACUUGAUUCAAAUGCAACUGACUGGCCAGAACAAUUUUUUACAAUUUUCUUUAAAAUAAAAAUCUACCAUACUGGCCAGAACAAUUUUUCACAAUUUUCUUUAAAAUAAAAAAAUACUAAAAUACUGGCCAGAACAAUUUUUCACAAUUUUCUUUAAAAUAAAAAAAAAAUCUACCAUACUGACCAGAACAAUUUUUCACAACUUAAGCCUUAUUCAAAUUGAUAAGACUGCCCACAACAAAAAAAAAACUCAUCAUAAAUGUAUAAAAAUACCAGGAUAUUGUUUGAAACAAUAUAUUGUAGAUUUUUAUUCAGACCAUAGUUUUGUUUUAUUGCAGCAUUAAACACAACAUCAACACUUGAGCAGUACCAUGUAUUACAGCAGACAAGUAGAUCUAACACUGUUAUUUAAUGAGCCCUUAGUUUUUGAUUUGUUUCAGGUUUAAAUCAUUAUUUUAUUUAAAGAAUGUUUCAGAUGAAGAUGAGAACAAUUUUUUGUCAGUUAAAAAAAAAACUGAAAAUAAUUUUUCCUCGCACUCAUCUGAAGAAGUGUGCUAAAGCCUCCCUAGCAUCAGGCUUAAAACUUUGUCACAUUGGUUAUCUUUCUUGUUGGUUGUAUCCCUUGACCCACACAAUUUUUUCACAUCUCAGUUUUCACAUUUGCUCAAAAUCUGUGUUAUAAGCUACCUUUUCUAUAGGCCUAUUUAAAAAAAAAAAAUAACCCUCUCUAAAACCUAACCAGAAUUGGACUCCUGUAAGAUUUUGAAGAUUAUUUUGUUUUGAGAAUGAACUGAAUUUGUUUGGGUCAAAGUUUUUAAACAACUGGAAUGUUUAAAGUUGUGCUUACAGUUUUGUUAAAGACUUUUAAGCUUGGAUUGGUGGAACACAGGGGAGUUAAUUUGUUUUUUUUAAAAUUGUUUUAACUAUGUUGGUGAAAAUAGUUUUUAAAGUUUAGUUUCUCUUAAUUUUUAACUAUUUGUAUACAAUCUAUGGAGGGAAAAAAAGUUUUUAAAAAUCAAAUUUUUUAAAUAAUUUCAGACCUAUUGGACAUGCAUUCCUUUACUUAAAAUUCGCAAAUGUUUAAACAGACAAACUAAUUAGUUAUUGAACUAACGAUGAAUAGUUUCUGUCAGCUCUGACCUUUAUUACUUUAAUUUAUUGUAACUUUUAGUUCUAGGUCCGAAGUUGAAAUUUUCCUUUUCUUUCGUUGGUGUUUUACAUCACUACGUUUUCAAGAGCAUUUUUUCUAAUCCAUUUCGCCACAGAAAAAAUGUCCCCUUGAACAGAACUGAUCUAUGUAUCUGAAAGCUGAAUAAAUAAUGGCACAAACCGCUAUCAGCAACUGUACGCCUAUAGGCCCAGUCUCAUAUCAGAGAUAACUCCAAGGAAAAUUUCAACCUGUGGAUUCUUUCCCUUUUGUUUAUACUUCGCUCUUAGUUUCCUCGACUAGACAGAAGACACUGGCUCAACUUCUCUGCCUUGUUCAUGUUGUCUUUAAUAUUGCCUGUUUCUUUAGACUCUAGCACUUCUUCAUUCAAUCAUUUGCUACAGCAGCUCUUGUUAGUAUAACAUCAUUAUGUCUGACCAGACUGUUUUAAAGUAAAAUUGGUGUAGUGUAGCCAGAUGUAUGUGUAGUGAGGUAGCAUCACAUCUAUACGUGUUUCUACUCAAUGCUGUACAUAACUUGAUGUAUAUAAACUUGGGUCUCUCUCAGCAUAUAUUACACAAAUGUUCUGUAAUAGUUAAGUUGGCCAACAAAGAGGUUGACCAACUUGAUUCUUGGCCAAUUUGCCAACAAUCAAGAUGGCCAAAUCUUAUUCUUGGCCCCAACAGAGGUUGGCUGGCCAACAAACAGGUUAACUGGCCAACCUGAUUCUUGUCAGGCCAACAAAUAGGUUGGUCAAUUUGAUUCUUGGCCAACAAAUAGGUUGGUCAAUUUGAUUUUUGUCUAAGAAAUGUCAAAACCUUUUUGGUAUUUUGAUUGGUCAACUUUAAUUAGUGUUAUAGAAAUUAAAUGAACAUGAUGAAAUUGAUCAACAGGAAAGUUCCACACUGCCCUCAACAUGGCAUUAGAUUACACUGACUUAAAACAUAGACUUUGAAUUUAUUUGAGAAAUAUUUUUUUUAUCCUUAGAGACUUUUUAAAUCAGUGAAACUGUUAGUGGCCUUACAGAAGAUACAAUCAAUUUUUGUGUCGUCUGCACAAUCUAAUCAAAAGUGUAAAUAUUGCUGGAGAUAUAGGGACAUACAAACUGUAAAAUUGUGUAAAUUAUUGACACAUUAGGGACGUACAAACUAAAAUUGUGUAAACUAUUGAUACAUUGUUUGAGUUCUACUGUAAUCAAUAUUCUGGUUGUUUAAUUACAAAAAAUUAUAUCUUCAAUCUAAAAACAAAGUUACUUGUUUUUUUUUUAAUAAAUUUAUGCGACUGUUCUAAUGAAACCAAUGUCUUUUUACAUGCUACAGAAAGCAAUUGAUCCAUUUUUCUACUGCUAAUUUGAUGACCGGAACACUGUAUAACUCCUGCAGUUAUGUACCUUGUGUGUGAUUACCUCCCAUGUUGUAGCUUUCUAGUAUUGUAUGGAGCUCAUGUAACCCUAUGUAAAUGAGAUGUUUUGUUGUCCCUGUAUCUGUUACUGCUCUGCUCUCGUGAUUAAAACAAUGAUAUUGGUACAGGUAUUCA